CAAAAAUAGUUAGGGUGGAACCAGACUCUCCCGGGGUCAAAAUUCGUUCCAGGGCAGUGCAAGCCCCUAGCAAGAAGACGAAGGCGCUGUGAGCAUGUGCUCCAGCUAAGAUGGAUACCAUCUUGGUCUUCAGCCUAAUCAUUACGUCCUAUGAUGUCAGCAAGAAAGAUUUCAGAGAUAGCAGCUGCCACGUGGAACAGCUGCCUGGGUUCAUCCCAAAGGAUGUGAGAAGAACUGGGGAUGUGCUCACGCAAGAGGCUCAGGCACAAGCCAGAACGUCUACCUUCAUUCAAAAUCAGACUGUGGCUACCCUGCAGUGCCUUGGCUCUGGGAGCAAAGUCAAAGUCAACCUUGUUUAUUCAGAGAAAGGGUCAAAGGUCAAGCAGACUCUGAAGAACCUGAGAGUGAUAGCUGCUCCCCGCAGAAACAGCACUUCCUCCCCAAGCUGUCACUUAACCUCCACAACCAAGUUUCAGACUGGAUCCCUUCUCACAGGGCAAGCUUUUUUGCCAGGGAUCUCCCGAUGUAAGGUCUAUGUGGUGAUGAGGGCUGCAUUGGAGACUUUUUCUACUACCAUCACCUCCAUAUCUCCUGGGAAUAAAGAAGGAGAGAAAACUACAAACACAGAUGAGAACCUAAAGAAGAGGCAGAAAUGGAGCAUUGUGGUCAAAUUUCUGAUUGCUAUCACCCUGUUAUUGUGUGGAGUUGCCAUUAUAGUGUUUGUCAUUUUUGAAGUCCCAUGCCCUAGUCAAUGCCGGGGAACCAGAGAACUAUGCCAACGCCAGCGGUUAUGGAGAAGGCAAAGGAAGGCAGGCCAGCAACCUGGGGCAGCUGAAUCCCAGCUUGAGUCUCAGCCCAAGAAGGUUGGACAAGAUGCUCCCAAAUCAUCAAGUCCAAGGAAAGCUGCAAGGAUCACUAUCAUCCACGAGACAUACUUCUGAAAAGCUCUUCUAUGCUUCACACAUUGAAUGAAGGAUACCGCACUGUCUUUUCCCUGUCAUUAACCAAUAUUGGCAGGUUCUUGUGAAUUCACUCAGUAUGCCCAGCAGGGACAUUAUAAUCAAACACUAUGCCAGGCCAAUUUAGGAAGAGCCUGGGCUUAGCAGUCAGGCUUACCUUCAUGCCACUGCUACUGUCUUAGCCACAUGCCUCUGAGAUUCACGUCACCCAUCACGGAAAACAGGUAUCUUUACAUCCCAUCUAAUGAGAACAAAAAGUCUUCCCUCUGAGCACUAUGAAUGGACCUAUUGCUUUCUUUGACAAACGGUUCACACACAGCCUCCAAGUGGCAAAGCAGCCACUGCUGUGGCACCGUUUACGAGCUCCUCUGUUUCCUCACAGCUGAGUUCACUCCCACUAGCUCUCGGCUGGCUGAGGGUGGGGGUUCCUGUUUUCCCAGGCUGAUGUUCAUAGCACUUUAUGAUUUAGCCUCUGCCCUACAUGGGGCUAUCCACACACUGUGAGG